AUGGCAAAUUCGGACAAAGCCAUUGGCAGAGACGUUCCUUGGGAAGGCAAAUCGAAGUUCAGAUCGAACCAAGAGUGCACAAUCUUGACAAGUCAAGCCGACGAACUGAACGUAUACACUGGCAAGAAGUACCGUUUCGACUUUUUCUCGCAAAAUCCGACAAUCCUCCUGCCUGAGACUCUCUUGGAAGGCAAGACGGCGUUCGUCAACUAUAUCUGCUUAGACUCGGAGCAUAUGAAGAAGAUCAGCAACAGCGUCAAAGAGACAGUUCAAACGACCAGCCUUGAUUCGAGACCAGAACAGCCAAUCGACCUGUCAACAAUCAACACGACUCUUGCUACGAUGCAUGUACCACCAAUGUCGGCCGAAGAUCAUAUUUUGUUGAUGAAACAGCACAAGAGAGGCAUCGAUAUCAUGAGCUUCGGAACGGAAGUCAACAGUGAAGCAGUCUUGACUAUCUUCAGCGAUAAAUUCGGCACCCUUCCGGAAGACAGCCAACUGAGACAAAUUCUUGCUGAUCUAAGAAAGGGCUGUCGUGUGACAAUUAUCCGCGACCAUUCAAAUGUAUGGUGCAAUGUCGGUGACAAGACUUGGCUGCAUCGUCUUCAAAAGGUAUUCACGCAUGGCUUGUAUCCUGAUUUCCUAUCAUUUCAAGAGGAGCAAGUACACGAUGAGAAAUCCUCUGACCCGAACGCCACCAAACCAAAGCAGCGCCUUCAAUGCUACCUAGACGGAGACCUGCUGAUCCCAAACCUACCGUGGAUGAAAUUGCCCCCAAGUCGAACAGAUGUAGUCCUGGACUAUGAAGGAGAGCCCGUUCCACUAUCCGAUCGUUAUGGCACUUUCUCGAUCCGACGUCGCUUCACUUCUCUGCAAGAUUAUCAGAUUUUUAUGGCACUUCUGGCACUCAAGGAUCACCAUUACCAGGAAGAAAUGCUGAACAAGAUCUUCAAUAGACGAAUCAAGCAUACUGCCAGAGUCUCGAAGAUGUUAGGGGUAAUGGGCUAUUAUCUGUACAUCUCUGUUGAUAAUCUUGUCAAUACCACGAUGCCAAAGAUUUCGGACGACACAACCUUUGAUAUCACAGAAGCAAUCGGUCCUAAGGAGAACGAGGACGACAAGGAUCUCGAGCCAUUCGCGUUUUCGGCUCGAGUCACCGAUAAAGUUUGGAAUUCUCGCUCGUGUUUUGUCCUGGCAUACUUCCCCGACGUGGACCCUGAUUGGUAA